AUGAGCAACGGCACUCAAAUUAUCCACAGCACGAACAUGUCGUCCCAAUGUCCUACGGAGCUGAUAGAAGCGACGCACAUAUUGGCUGCGUGCUAUUCGGACACGCAUGACGGACAACUCACUUCAGAUCUUGGUGAUAAUACCGUCAUGGCAAACAUUCAGAAAUGUAUCGAGCAAAAUCGCAAGCUGCUCUGCCAGGCUAAGGUUGGCUUAGUUGAGGCGGCGAUGCUGUCGGCGCACAAGACAACAUGCGUGUGCGCGUGGAAUGGAUUACAAGACGCAAGACUCCGUUUGCACAUACAAACCUCGACUAACGACGCGAGGUGUGCUCCGGACUUAGACGAAGACGCACAUGGGGACCACGGAGGCACGCGUACGACCGAUGGGCCGCGCAUUUUCGUGGAUCCUCUCUUCUCGUCCUCAAGGCUGACCGACAACAUCGAGCACGCGAACGGUAGCAACACGAAAGAGAUGCCAUCUGCGAACUCAGUGUACGCAACCGGGCACGGAAGGGCGUGGCAAGAGGCGCCGACAGUCAUCGUGGGCGGGCAUGGACAUCGCGGGGCAGUCCUAGUCCGGGUGUGCGGUAAUUGCGAACACGAGGCUCAUAGGCACCGCAGCGGAGAUGAUGGCGGUGAUGCUAAGCAGUCAUAGAUCGUACAGUAGACUAGCACGAUGUCAUGAUGUUGCGGGUCGGCUGGAUUAGGGUCAGCCUCUGAUAAUCAAUGCGCUGACAGCCCGAGCGGUGUGUACA